UGGAUUAACACUCACAAUUUAUUCGAUCAUUUGAUAAAUAACUCGAAAUAUAAUCACUUUUCUAAUGAAACCGACGAGCUAUUCUAUGAGAGAAGCUAUACGUUUAGUGGUCAAUUGGCUGCGAAAUUAAACGAGGAACAACGUGCGGCGGCCAUAAAUAUAAUCAAAGCAAAGAAUGGUUCACUGCCGUAUAUAUUAUUCGGACCGGCUGGCACAGGAAAAACUGGGACUCUAUGUGCUGCGAUUGAAGAAAUUGUGCGAUCAACAAGUGAUCAUGUGUUGGUAUGUGCAAAUUCGAAUGCCGCAUGCGACGAAAUCGCCGAACGUCUCAUCAAAGUCUUGCACACUGACGAAAUGUACCGAAUGUAUGCCAAAUCGUAUGACCACCGUAAAAUCAGCAAAACCAUGAAGCCGAUUUGCAAUUGGGCUAAAAGCGAAUUCCAUUUCCCUUCGUUAAAGUAUUUGUAUCACUUUCGAGUUUUGAUUUGUACUCUGACUACAGCCGGAUGCUUAGCUAGAGCUCGCGAAGCACACUACUACAGCUCCAGUCACUUCUCUCACAUUUUUAUUGACGAAGGUGCAAGCACACACGAGACUGUUUCCAUGAUUCCAAUUGCAGGUCUUUGUACAUCGCGCAAUCAAGUACACAGCAGUGUCGUGCUGGCCGGUGAUCCUAAGCAGUUGGACGCGGUUACAAAAUCGGAGAAUGCUGUAAAGCUCGGUUUUAAAACUUCGUUUCUGGAACAGCUGUUCAAUCGGAAACUUUACGAACGAAAUCCUUUGACGGGACAAUAUAAUCGACGGUAUAUCACGCAACUGGUGAAAAACUAUCGUUCGCAUCCAGCCAUCCUGGCUAUUCCAAAUGCGUUAUUCUAUGAAAAUAAAUUGGAGGCCAAAGCAUCGCUAGAUACCACCAAUUGGUUUAUUGGUUCGAAACUUCUGCCCUGCAAGUCGUUUCCAAUCAUAUUCAAGUCGGUUCAAGGACUCUGCUGAAAAUCAACAGAAGAUUUUAGCAUGUUCAACUUGAAGGAAGUGAAUGUUGUCAUCGACUAUGUCAAAGCACUCUUGAUGGUGGAUGUCAACAAGAAGCCGGUUUCUCAAGCUGAUAUUGGGAUUGUGACCCCAUACAAACUCCAAACAAAAGUCAUCUCACGAGCUUGUCACAAAAAUGGCUUCAAAGACAUUACCAUUGGCACGGCAGAAGUGUUUCAAGGUCAAGAAAGACCUGUAAUGAUUGUAUCAACUGUACGCACCGGUGGAAUUCUUGGAUUCGUCAAAGAUCCACGCAGACCAAAUGUCGUGAUCACUCGUGCAAAAUGUUUACUGAUCAUUGUUGGCGACCCUCAUACUCUCACUUUGGAUGAAAAUUGGAGAACGUUGCUCAAU